AUGCCUCUCAACCGCACCGCUGCUGAACAACCUGUACGUUCAAAUACAUAUCGUCUUCAUGAAUUCGAUCCAACAUCUUAUGAUUGGAAUGAUUGGGAAGUUUUAUUCGAUACUUAUAUCGAUGUUGAAGGUAUUACUGAUGAUAACAAGAAACGAAACUUACUUAUUACAGCUCUUGAUGUUCAACCCUUCAAAACACUUAUUUCUGUUUGUAAACCAAAGAAACCUACUGAAUGUUCUUAUUCAGAAAUAAUUCAAAAACUUCGUACAAAUUAUGCACGUGUUACAUUUGCUUCAACGGAAAGAAUUAAUUUUUUUGCAACACGUCAAUCAUCAUCACAAACUCUUACUGAUUUUGCAAAUACUCUUCGAGAUAAAUCAGUAACAUGUAAGUUUCCAAAUGAUUUUUACGAAGAUGCUUUAAUUGCAGCAUUUGUUGGUGGUUUAAAAAAUGAACAUGUUCGGAAACAUUUGAUGCAACAAAAUUUAGAAACUUUUGAACAAACACUUAAUGCAGCACGAAUAUUUGAAUCAGUUCUUAUUCAAGGUGCUAAUGUUAAAGAUAAGGGUGAAUCCAUGGAGACCCAUCCACUUUUUUUGGAAAGGUCUUUUUUUUCCAUUUUUUUUUUGUUCAAAAGGCUGAUCUCGACUGGAAAACACUUUUGGUCAAAAAAAAAAUUAAAUGCUCUCUAUCAAAAAUUCCGAGUUUUCGAGCAUUUUCUCGGAACACCUAUGGUGUACUUUUAUAUAUAGGGAAAAUGGCAUGAAAUAGGAUAGAAAUUUUUUAAAAACAAUUUUUUCGGAUUUUUUUGGUUUUCAAAAAUAUAAACAAAGUCUAGAAACAUGUUUCUUGAGGUACAUCAGAUCAAUCCUAAUG